AUGUCGGGCCCCUACAUACAUGGCCUUGGUGAAAAUAAACGGAAAUAUUGCCGAAAACGUUCCCGAAAGAAUGAAGAAAACGAAGAAAGUCAAAUUUUUUUUUCUUCAGAAGACCACGCGCCCGCUAUGGAAAAAAAACGCCGAGUGAGUCAUGUCGACGCUGAAGUCAUCCCCAAAUUUCGACCUGAAGAUAAUACCAGUAACGUCAGCAGCUGGUUGCACAAGAUCGAUCAGCUUGGUGAAAUAUAUGGAUGGGAUGCAACCGAGAAACAAUUUUUAAUGCAACUUCGUCUGCGUGGUUCAGCUCGACGUUGGUAUGAUGACUUAGAUGAUUAUAACCUCGACUGGGAUGGAUGGAAACGUGCCCUGGAAAUGGCCUUUCCACGGUCCACUGAUUUCGUCAGCAGGCUCGAAGAGAUGUUGGCAAGAACAAAAAAAGAUUCGGAAACCAUGACUAAUUAUUUCCACGACAAAUUAUCACUUAUUAAAAAAUGCAAUAUCGUAGGAGAAAAUGCAAUCUCUUGUAUCAUCCGAGGUCUUCCCGUGGAGCUGCAAGCAAACGCAAAAGCGUACAAAUGUCGGACGCCACAGUUAUUAUACUACGGGUAUUUAUCAUCAUUUGAAAAUUAUAAGAGAAUAGAAGCUGCUACACCAAUGCGGAAGUCAUUAUGGAAAAGGGGUACAACCGAUGGAAGCUCUGCAACUGACCAACAGACUGGGGUGAGACGGUGCUAUAUCUGCCGGCGGUUAGGACAUGUAGCUCAGGACUGCCGUUCAAAACAACGCUGUGAAAACUGUCAACGCAAUGGUCACACUUCAGCUACCUGUUGGGCUGUGGCGACUCCUGGUUCAACGCAGCAACGUUCGUCAUCCCUGGUGAGUCACAUCUUGUUUACCACUACUGAUGUGUUAUGCAGUGUAUACAAGCGUCACGCCUACAUCGGCACAGAAAAACUGGUUGUCUACAUAGAUACGGGUAGUAAAUUAAAUAUUUUAACACAAAAUAAAGCGACAUUGUUGAAAUUACCAAUAGCGGCAUCGACCACGGUAAUGCGAGGAUUUGGAGGAACUUGCAUACAAUCGUUGGGGAGGUCGCAAAUAACUGUGCAUAUAGACAAAAUAUGUCUUAGUGGGUACGUUGAAAUAACUAAUUACGAGCUAUCCGAUAUAGAUUUAAUUAUUGGGCAACCUAUGAUUAAUCAACCGGGGGUAAGUCUGGUAACUACUUCUAGCUCUGCAAAAUUUGUAGAAACUUUAGCAGUUGAUGAUUGCCUAAAGUGCGUUAAAUUGGAAAAUCUAGACUACAAUUGUAAAUUCAAUGUGUACCUAAAAUGUGAUGUCACUUUACCAGCACAAAGUGUCAGUCUAAUUGACGUGACGGUGAAUAUUGAACCCAACGACAAUUUGUACUUCCUGACGAAUUCUGUCUAUAUGCAAUUAGGAAAAUUAUGUUAUGCAAUACCUGGAGGAAUUAUCUGCAUCGAAGGGUGUUUGAAAUUUAUAAAUAUGAGUAAUAUACCAGUUUCCUUCCCUGCUCGUAAAUUAAUAGCGCGGGCUGAACUAGUGACCCUACCCCCUACUAAUGUGCAGGACGUACUCAAUACUGAUUUUUCUUGUCUUCCUGAUGGUUACGGUAACCUUCCAAAUAAGGGUGAAAUUGACGUAGGAGAUCUAGAAAAGAGGGACCAGGAUGAACUCCUAAAACUAUUAAAUAAAUACCGUUAUAUUUUUGCUAGGGAUACGAGAGAUUUGGGGUGCACAGAUCUCGUGGAAAUGCAUAUACGGACAACUACUGAAAAACCAGUUUACUUUAAGCCAUAUAGACUAUCACACAAAGAAAACGAAAUCGUUAAUAGUAAGGUGCAAGACUUGAUUGAAGCCGGCAUAAUACGCGAAUCAACAUCCGAAUAUGCAAGUCCAGUUAUAUUGGUGAAAAAGAAAGGCGGUGACUAUAGGCUUUGCGUCGAUUAUAGGGCUUUAAACUCUCACACUAUAAAAGAUCGGUUUCCCUUACCACAUAUUGACGAUCAAAUCUCAAAAUUGGCGGGUAAAUUUUACUUCACAACACUUGACUUGGCUCAAGGAUAUUAUCAAGUGAGGCUUGCCGAUGAUUCGACACAUAAAACUGCCUUUGUUACGCCCUCCGGACAUUACGAAUUCCUAAAGGUACCUUUCGGUUUGGCCAAUGCUCCUGCUGUGUUCUCUCGACUAAUAAGCAUUGCCUUAAAAGACGUUAGAAACGAGGUUGCCAUAUAUCUUGACGACAUAAUGCUACCUACUGUAACUGUAGAAGCCGGUAUACAAUUAUUGGAUCGUGUUCUAGGCCUUUUGCAAAAAGCUGGUCUAAAAUUAAAUCUAAAAAAAUGUUCUUUCCUGAAAGCAAGUGUCAAUUACUUGGGUCAUGAGAUAUCUGCAGGAACAAUCCGACCUGGUCAAGCCAAAAUCAAAUGUGUCUCUGAAUAUCGACGACCCAAAAACGUUCAUGAGAUCAGACAGUUUAUUGGACUUACCUCCUACUUUAGAAAAUUCAUCCGUGGAUUUGCUGAGAUUGCCCUUCCCUUAACAAAACUGACGAAGAAGAACAUGGAUUGGCAUUGGGGUCCAGAACAGGAAAAUGCGUUUCAGUGUCUGAAACUUCGAUUAAUUGAGAGGCCAGUUCUUGGCAUUUAUGACAGCAAAGCAGUUACCGAACUACACACUGACGCGAGCAAGUUAGGAUUAGGUGGCAUACUCAUGCAGCAGCAGCCCGAUGGCUCAAUAAAACCAAUAGCAUAUUUCAGUAGAGUAACAUCUAAAGAAGAACAAUUCUAUCACAGUUAUGAACUUGAGACCCUCGCAGUAGUAGAGUCGCUGAAACGGUUUCGAAUUUAUUUAGUAGGGAUACCUGUGAAAGUAAUUACAGAUUGUGCCGCUUUACGCACUACAUUGGUUAAAAAGGAUCUCAUUCCUCGGAUAGCUCGCUGGUGGCUCACCAUCCAGGAUUAUGACUUGGAAAUAGUAUACAGACCGGGAGAACGAAUGAAGCACGUGGAUGCCUUGAGUAGGAACCCCCUGACGGAACAUAUUUUCCAAAUUGACGAGUCAGAUUGGUUAGUAACGCUACAAUUGCAGGACGACAAUAUUCAGCAUAUAAUUACUCAGUUACGAGAACAGACCACUAACCCAGACGUAAAUAAUAAUUAUGUUAUUAAAGAUAACGCCCUGUUCAGAAAAACGUUACAUGGAGAACGUUUUGUUAUACCAAAACUGGCAAAAUAUGGCCUACUGCAGAAAUAUCAUGACCAAAUAGGACACCCUGGCUUUGAGAGAUGCGAAAAAACCAUAAAAGCUCAGUUUUGGUUCAUCGGGAUGACUCGAUUUAUAAGAAAAUACAUUAAGUCGUGCCUACAGUGCGCAUAUGGCAAGUCCGAAUAUGGUAAGAAACAAGGGGAACUAUAUCCUAUCGAGAAAGUUUCAGUGCCUAUGCACACUCUACACGCCGACCACUUAGGACCCUUCGUGAAAACUAGAAAUGGUAAUACGUAUGUACUAGUCGUAAUAGACUCUUUUACGAAAUUCGUAUUCGCAAAAGCUCUCCGAAACUGUAGUUCGGUAGAGACGAUUAAACACUUAAAGGAGAUAAUUACAAUGUUCGGGUAUCCCAAUAGAAUCAUUACAGAUAGAGGAAAGGCUUUCACCAGUCGUUAUUUUAAACAAUUUGCAGAGGAAACACAAUUUAAACACGUGUUAAACGCCAUAGCUAGCCCGAGGUCAAACGGACAAGUGGAACGAGUAAAUCGCACAAUCAUAGAUGGCCUAAACACUAUGUCGGAGAGCGAAAAUACAUGGGAUGAAAAUCUAUCGGAUGUUCUAUGGGGCAUAAAUAAUACACCCAAUUCUACCACUUCUUUCCCUCCAUUCAAACUCUUAUUCGGGCACGAAAAUUCCCGUUUACCAGCUUACCCUAAGGGAGAUCCAAAAGAUUUCGCUAUACAACAGCAAGCACUACAGGACAGGAGGAAAAGUGCAAAACUAAAUAUAGAUAAAAAUAUGACCCUCAUGAAAAAGAGAUUUGACAAAUCCCGUAAGACAUGUAAUAAAUAUUCAGUAGGACAAUUAGUUUUGUGGAAAGGGGGCACUAGUAUCGACACAUCUGCGAAAGUUUGCCAAAAGUUAAAAAGCCUUUAUACAGGACCUUACAGAGUAUGUAAGGCAGAGCAGACAAUAGAUCGUUAUACAAUAUGUAGUGUAAAGGGAAUGAAAGGUUAUAGAAAAUUUAGUGCGGUUGUGCGAGGAGAAGUAUUGAGACCAUAUAAGUCUAUUAUAUCUGAUGCAGAUAGUUCAUCUACUGAUGGGGAAGUAGAUAGGGAUGAUCUUAUCGAUCUGCUAGAGGGUUGA